UCAAUUCUAUACAUAACCUUAUUGUCUUAUGAUGGCUUUAAAUAUGAUAAAAGUUAUUCAAUCUUUACAAAGAUUGACUUUAAAUGCGAAAUGUAAUUUAAAUGUUAUUUCAAGUAAACAAUGCGCUAUUAAUGGUGCGAUAUAUGGAAAUUCCGUAAGAAACUCCACAAACUUUUUUAACAAACUUCCUGCCGAAGCUCUUUGGAAAGGAAUUACGUCAGUCAGUAAUGCAGGUAAAAAAAGAGGACGUGGCAAGAGGGUUUCAAGAAGAAACAUUAAAGAUUUGAAUCGCGGCCAAAUCAUCGGUGUUGGAAAGGCAAACAUAUUAUGGCCUGGGUUGACCGCUCCCAUUAUAAGAGGAAGGGAGCUUGUUGAACAGCAGCAACUACCGGAAGAUCCUGAUAGAGAGAAAAAAUUAAUCGAAAUACGUAACAAAAUGGGUAACCUCCGGCCACCGAAACUAAGCCCUCUAGAUCGAGGUUGGUCAGGAAAUAAAAUGCCGGGUAGAAGCAUUGGUCCUCCAGAUCCCAUUGGCGAAGAGAGUUUCGAAGGAUUUGACACCAAAGUAUUGGAGUUAAAAACUGUGUUUAAUAUGACCGGAAAUCUUGGUAGGAAACGUAGGCUAUCUGUGUUUGCUAUAACUGGUAAUGGAAAAGGAUUGGCCGGUUUUGCACUUGGUAAAGCUGUGGAAUCUGCAGCCGCACUUCGUAAAGUGAAGAACAGAGCUGGACAAAAGUUAAUGCACAUUAACAUUUUUAGAGAUCACACAGUUUAUCACGAUUUCUUCACACAGUUUGGAGCAACAAAAAUUUUUGUUAGCCAGAGACCAGAAGGCUAUGGUCUAGUUUGCCACCGUGCUAUCCGAACAGUAUGUGAGGUUGUGGGGAUUAAAGACUUGUACGCUAAAGUCGAAGGUUCUACUAAUGUUCAGCACAUAGUGAAAGCUUUUAUGCUAGGUCUUUUGAAACAGAGAACUCAUGAACAAAUUGCGGAAGAAAAAAAAUUACAUCUGGUGGAGCUGUCGAAAGAUAACGAAUACUUUCCCACUGUAUUAGCUUCGCCGGUCGAAUGUCGUAAAACGGAGGACCUUAAACACGACGAGGUACUCGAUUUUACACAGUACUGCUUGGACGGAAGGGUCAUCUUGCAACGAAAGAAAUUCCCACCGUUUUACACUAAAUACAAGUCUUGGGAGAUAUAUUUAAAGAAGCAAGAGAAAAUCAGAAACCACGACAAAAUUCGAAUUCAAUUGAAGGCGGAGUACGGAGAGCUGAGAACAUUCCUCACCGAUAAAUAUCCUGAAUGCAGACCGCCUCAGAAAGGAAGUUUUAAGAAGGAUUCUGAAGAAAAUGCGUAGUGCUUUUGUUUGUAAUUGUCAUUACCAAUAGGAAAUAAAUGUUUUAUUCUGGUUUUUACAUGA